AUGUACGAAGCGAGGAAGGAACCAGGAGCGACGAUGGUGCUUCUGACUACUAAGAUCAUCCAGAGAGCGUCACUCUUUGUGGCGUUCGGUGGCCUCGUCACGACCUUCAUCACUACGUUUUUGCCACUAUGGAAGACGAUGAACUCGGAGCUGAACGAGAUGGAGAACUGGUAUGAAGGUCUGUGGCAUACCUGCAUCUUUACAGAAGAAGUGGGUCUUCACUGCAAAGCCUUUGAGUCUCUCCUCGCUUUACCUCCGGUAACGCUGGCCUCCAGGAUUCUCAUGUGUGUAUCCAUCACAACCGGGUUCCUCGGCGUGUUGGCAGCAUUUUUUGGACUCGAUGGCGUCGAGAUCGGAGCUGGACGUGACAGGAUAAAAAGAGGACUCCUCAUCGGCGGUGGUGUGCUGAUCUGGGUGUCAGGAAUCACCACUCUGGCACCGGUUUCACUGAUCGCGUAUGUAAUGGUGGUGGAGUUCUGGGAUGAGGGUCUGCCUGACGUGAUGCCACGCUGGGAGUACGGCGAGGCCAUGUUCUCCGCCUGGUUCUCUGGACUUCUCCUGGUCAUCGGUGGAUCGUUCCUUUUUGUCGCAGUGUGCAUGAGGGACCGUGAAAAUGAGCAGCAAAGAGAAAUCUUCUCACCUGCUCAUCAACUUCAACCAAGGACUCAGCACUACCUCAAGACAGAGGUCUUAUAG